UUUUCUCCCUGUGUAUAAUAAUUGUAAAGGUGUCGGUGCGCUUCUUCAGCCCCGGCUUCUCGUCAACCGAGGGCGGCUGCAGCAGAAAGGGGGCUUUCAUCAGUGUCACGAAUCCGGAUUUCCCCAGCCCUUUGCCGGUAGAGAGGGUGGGGAGGACCGGGGACAGGUGUUAAACAAAUGUGAGCUCAGCCACCGUCCAGCUCUGUCUGUUUUGACUUGGUAACCGUUCUUCAACCGCCCGCUGCAACACUCACAUCCUGCAUCCAUUCACAUCUGUGUUCAGAGAGAGUCCUAUCUGCUCACCACCAGUCAGUUUUCUCCGGUGUUGGUGUAUUCUGAUGGAUCAGUAUGUCUACCACUAAUAAUAUCGCCCAGGCCAGGAAACUGGUGGAACAGCUGAGGAUUGAGGCAGGGAUCGAACGCAUUAAGGUGUCUAAAGCAGCGGCAGACCUGAUGAGUUACUGUGAGCAGCACGCUCGUAGCGACCCUCUGCUGGUUGGGGUGCCCACUUCUGAAAACCCUUUCAAGGACAAGAAACCGUGCAUCAUCCUAUAGCUCCGCUUCUCCUGCCCUCACACACACAUAAACACGCAUUCACUCAUGCACACAGAGACACAACACACAUGCAAAUGUACACAUUCAGCACCUACAGUGAUCCUGAGCUCUCCCAAAUUCUCUUUGAACCCACACUUGCAAAUACAUUUUACAGGGCCCUGCUCUUAACAUUACGUAUAGACACGUACAUAGCAACACAAACACUCCCAAAAUAGCCACUCUGGAAAAGCGCCAUACUCUGGAGCCACAGCAAGGGGGCAGGUAUCUUGUGCUCACGGUGGCUGAGAUCAGUAUAUCACUGAGUAUGAACCAAGGUGCUUUGGUGAUAUUCAUAUAUGCUGGUAAAUUAACUCCAAGUGUCAGCUAAACUUGAAAAGGGAUUUGGAUUUAAAUCAUCAGUCGGAAACUGGAUUUUUUUCCUUUAAAAUGAGGGGUUGGGUGAAGGGUGGACAGCUGUGCCAAAGGCAGGGAGUGGGAGGAUACAUGUGGGCAUCAGAGUGGGCAGUAAGCGCUCCUGCCAACCAGGCCAAACACGAACUGGUGUCCUAUUAGAAAAUGCUCAAUAAAUGCUUCAUCAUACAGUAUGUGGGAGUUAAAAAUUGACUAGGUGCGACAGCUUUGUCCUCAAACCCUGCCUGUGCUAAACCAUGGCGGGUUGAAGUCAUUUUGGAGCAAGUGGCUAAAGCCUUUCGCCUUUCUUGGGCUAUAGCAUGUUCCCACCCAAACCUGUAUCAGUAACAGCCCUCCUGCCUUCGGCCGUGGCCUCUCUGCCUGUGGCCUCACCGUGGCCGUCUUGCAGCCUUUGGCCAAAUCUCCAGCUGUGCCAACCUGUACAGAAAGUCUCCUGUAGCUGCUGAUCUGCAGUCACUGAUUCUGUUUUCCACUGCAGUUCAUGAGGCUGCUGUCGGUUGAAAUCUGUGUCUGAGCUGACGUCAGAUCUGCACCUACUGUAUGAAAGGAACACACUUUACACAGAACUCAAGCUAUUAACCCCGGACGUUUACUGCAUUUUUCUUAAGAGAUACUUGUUUGUGAAUUAAAUGUACGUUUUGAUAUUUUGUUUAAUUAUUACUUAACAAAUAGAUGAUACUGUACAUUUUUUUGGGAUUGUUUUGCAGUAUUUUUGACAUAGUAGGUGUUGCCCCUGGUGGAUCAGGUUUCUUUUUCCUGUCUGACAUUAAAUGCUAGUUUUAAUGAAACAACAGGAGAUCUGAUUUUAAUCCAGGGGUAACACCUAAUCUAAAACCUGCUAGGAUCUUAAACAAAGGUUUCUACUGUAUAUCAAACCUCCCUGUGCUUUACCCUGAGAGAGGGCGAGGUUACAGACUGAACGACCGCGAAAAAUCAGUCUGUGAGACUGGAGGAGAAAAGUUUGAAGAGCAAAAAUGAAGCUAUCUCAAAAGACAAAAUUAAGUUGUUCUUUCUUCACUUUUUCCACAUGUUCAAUUGGUUCAAGUAGCAGAAUUGUUGUAACUUUACCACAUUGGAUAGUCUGCAAAGAUGGAGGUGCCUAAGCUUUGUUUUGUUGCGGUUUUAAAUGAUUAAUCUUGGGUUUUAAACAAAUUGGGAAUAACUGUGAAAUUUCCAGUUUCCCCAGUCAAGCAUCUCACAUUAAUGUGAGCUCAGAGGGGAAUGGAAACAAUAAGAGUCAAGUUUGCCCCUAAAAAGAAAAAGAAUAUAGCCUUUUGGUUUCUUGUUUUGUAUGCCACCUCUCCUCCACAGCGCUCCUCCUCUCUGAAAAACCAAACUUGAUUGUAAAAACUGAAGAUUUAAAGAGAAAAAAAAAAUGAAGAUAAGACAAACAAAUUACUUGUAUAAACUUUCUUUGAGACGUGCAGAAGUGAUAAGUUGAGAGUAGCUGUUUUGGGUUUUACUUUGAGUUUCUUCUUUCUAUGGAGUCCAUGGAACCUGGUCAGUUGAGUAUUACCCUGUACAGUGUUUGUAAGAUACAAAAAUCUAAACACGGAGUCCCCUCUGUGGAUGUUCAAUGAUUUUUUUAGUACUACCUUCUGUUCUGUCAGUCAGGUUUCUGUCUGUCUUCACCUCUUCUUUUUUGCCUGUUCAUGCUUUUCGAGGCUUGCGAUAGCAGAGGUUGGUUUUACCCACGGAUACAGACACAACACCUGAUGAGGAUGUUUUUAAAAUAAUGUAGGAUAGAAACACAAGUCCUGUUAGGGUUAGGAUUAUAUCCUGUUAGAGGAUGAAUCAACAUCGGACCUCAUUCCAGUGGUGAGAACCAACCUCUCAUGUGUCCUAACACCAGGAACAGCCACCAGUGUUUCUUCUUUCUCAUGUGUUGGUUUUGGUCAGACGAGUAGGACAACACUUACAUAACACACAUUCACAUACACUCCUCUGCAGUUGCUUUUUAAAGAAGCUGUAAAGCAUAGCAUUGACAGUGUUUUCUGUCAGGUGAUUGGUGAAAUAUGAGUGCUUUUCGUUGUCUUUUAUAUAUUUUAGCUUUUACUUCCCUGAGGCUUUUGUGAGGAAUAAAAAAAACACAGUGACAGAGCAGGGUUGGACCACAGCCGCUGAUGGACCAACUGUUAAAAGACUUGAUCCCACUGCUUUUCUGCUCUUGAUUCACCAGGUCACUAUGACCCACACUGAGCUGUUUGGAGUUAGGAGUCUUUACAAAGGUGUUGAGAGGCAAGCUGUUUCUAUUAUGAUGGACUAACACCUCCUGAAUACAAGAGUUUGCACAAAUCAGUGGGUUAAGGCUGUAUUUGGAUAGUCCACCUACAGAGAGUUUGCAGAGUGAAACACUUCAGCAGCUCGUUAGUUCAGAUUCAACAACACUUUGCCUGUGGAUGAAGCUUCACAUGCACGCUAUAGAUUGACUUUCUCUCUGCUUCAUGCAUGAAUUAUGAGAAAAAAAAAUUACCAUAUUAUUGUAAUUUACUGAGUUUUACAGAACUCUACUUUGGAUGACAUUAAAUAUAGGCUGUUGACAGGUUACACACACUCUGCAAACUCUCUGUGGGUGGAAUAUCCAAAUAGAUGACAAAAGACACACAGGUCACUACAAAAAUAUCCAAAAAUGUGAUUAAAUGUUGUAUUUAGUCCUCCUUUAGGUUUUGUUUUCACCCAGAUUCAUGGAAGAUAAACAAGUAAUUGUCAUAUAAUAGUCUUUUCACUAUUAUGUGCAAGAUUUAGGACCUAGAGUAUGUAAUUCCAUCAAUGGGUUAUCAUGUUCAUAAUUAUGAUUUCAGCCGUGUAUAAUCAUGUGAAAAUAAGAACUGCUGUGUGCUCUGUAUCUUAGAAUGAGCUGGUGAUAUCUACAGAAAGAGCAGGUUGCUGCUGUGUUGCAUUGUUGUGUUUCUACCAGAAAUAGAAAGAAAAAAGUACAUUGUACCUAAAAUCGCCUAGAUUUUGAUAAUUGCAUUGAUGGUCAGUUACAGUUUUACUUAUUUAUUAAUUUUGUUAUUUAUUAUGUUAACAUCUAGAUGUUAAGUUCAGUUAUGUAGUUUCUUAUGAAAUCACUUUUCCACGGUAUCCAUUUUUUCCAUGAUCGCAGUGAUAUAAAGUGAUCAAUAUUUUUUUUCUAGUAAGAACUGUUGUUGUCAUAUCAGUCUUUUAAAAUCCAAUAUUGGUUGACCCCUAGUUUCUACAGAAGCUUCUAGUUUCUGUUUCUUCGGUUUUGUAGUAGGUGGCUGUCACCUACUAUGUUUGCGUGUGGGCCAGAGUCAAUACCCCCUUAAAUAAAAAUGUCAGAACAGACAAAACAAACACUGGCUUUAAUGACGGAUCUCUGUUUUUUGCAGCCAUUGUAGAUGAGGUUGAGGGGCUGCACAGUUGUAGUCUGUAACUUCACCAUCUGAUGUCCCUAAAUAUCUCACACUGAACCUUUAACUUUUUUUCCCUGUAGGUGAUUCUGAAACAAAGCCUCAGUUCAUCUCUCAUGGCUUUUUACAGAGAGUGAACGGAGGCCAUUCCCAAAGGACAGCGAGAGCCUGACUGUUACAGAGACGCUGAGGGUGUUUGUGUUUGCAUCAGUGUGGUGUGUGUUAGCUGAAAGCAUUUGGGAGCUGAAAAGGAUGAUUUGGCAGAAGUAGGCAGAGAACAGAAAAAAGGAGGUGUAUGCGUGAGUGUGUGUGAUUUAUGCACAUGAUGUGUGCAUACAUGAGUGUGUGUUUUAGAAGAGAGCGAGAAAGACACUGUGUGUUCAAGAACACAAAGUGCCCCCAGUGUCAUGCAGAGUGUCAAACCGUAAUGCUUUGUUACUGCAGCUCUGCACAAUCCAGGUCAGGGUUGGCUUGACCGGAGGAGAGGUCAUGUGACAGGGUGAGUGUAAGUGAGAACAGCAUGUGUGGCCUCUGUUUGUGCAGUCAGAGGCUCGCCAGUUUCUGCAGCAGAGCGAAGGAGUAAAAUUGUUCACUUUGAGAGUAGGAUGUUCUUUUGGCUAAUAAUAACCAAAUAAUUUGUGCAAAGCUGACUAAUUCACAGAUGUUCUCUUUGUGUUCCGCAGCCUGUUGCAGCUACAUUAUAUUACCUGCUGUUUGUUGAUGCUUGUUGAUGCCUUAGACUUUAAAGGUCCAGAGUGUGAGACCUUUGGGAAGAUCUAGUUGCAGAAAAAGAAUAUACAUUUCAACAUAAGUUCAUUAGUGUAUAGUCUCUCAAAAAUCAGUCCAACAUGUUGCACCACCUUGUUUCUACAGUAACUUGGAAUGUCUUCUUUGGCGUCCAGUGCAUUACUGUCGCUUACUAGGUUUGAGUGUAGACAAGGGCUUUAACUAAAAAGUCCAGAAGGGAUAAAAACAAAUAUUAGCAACAAAAGACAUCUACAUUUUUGCAGCCACCAUAAAAGAGGAAGCCAAAAGAAUUCAGUCUGUUGCAACUUCACCACUAGGCCACUAAAUAUUACAUGUUGAACCUUUAACUUCAAAUCAAAAUAAAUGCAAAUUAAAGAUACUGAAAAAUCAGUUUAUAUACACAGAAAGCAUAACAAAAGUAAUCACAAUGUGAUUUUUUUGUACAUAUCAUUCAGCCCUAAUCUUUGUUACAUGAACGAUUUAUAUAAAAAUGAUUUUAACAUAUUAAGGCUUUUAUCAACAGUGUUACUCAACCAGAAACAACAGCCAGCUGAUAUAACAAAACAAACCACACUCUGACAUUUAGAUGUGGCUUUACCCUCAACUUGAACUACUGUCAUGUUGAGGAAAUACCUGAUAUAUUAUUGUUGUUCCAGGAAGGAAAACCAGUUUCUUAUAAAUGUCUUUGCGAGGUACAGCUUCUGUCUGAGAAUCGCAACUGCAGACACUUUACACACAAAGCAGAACAUAUCUGCUUACGCACACAUUUAUGCACAAACACUCAUACCUUGAUCACGUCUGACUAAUUGUACUUUUUUUAUCGUCAUUUCAAUCAUUCCAUAUCUGGUUGGGCUCACAAUCAGACAGAGCUGACUGAAAUCCUCUGAGGUGUUUUACUGAUUCGUUGGUCAUUGCCUUAUAGUGGCAUUUAUCAUGUUUAUGCUGGUGUGGAGGUUGUCAGAUCUACAGAGGGAACAGUCUUAAAGUACAACACAAGGCCGGAGAUGGAUGGAAAUCCACUGAUGUUGUGACAAAUGUAAAAUGAGCCUGGUUGAAUUCACCUCUGCUGAGGCUCCUCACUUUUGGACUUUGAUAUCGAUAGCUCAUGGAAUCGGCUUGGAGCCUUUCCAGAGACUCAUCUUUUGUGUUCUGAUCUCCUGUGUAUGCAUACAGUAUCUUUUUUGCCUUGAUUGAUUAUGAAGAAAAUAUAUCUAUUUUUUGUAACUGUUCUCUGAUGUGCCAUAACUCAUGUUUUCUUGCACACUGUUAAUAUUUUGUGGAUAUUGCUGUUAAAAAAAAAGAUGCUAUUGAGAAGUAGAUAACAUUAAUAAAAAGAUGAUAUAAUGACA